CCACCUAAACCUCAGUCUACUCAACCCAUGACGAGACAUUCUGACCCAUUCUAUGGUCAUGAGCAGGUUUCCCGGUUAUGCAGUCGAUUCAUUAUGCACCUUUUUGCUUGUCCAGAGUACCCCCCUUCAUCUUCUAACUCACAAGUAAAGCUCCCCCAUUUCAUUGCAUACGCACUUCACCGGACAAAGCUCCAUUCUUCUGUAACCUUUGCUGCCCUCAGAUCUUCAGGUCACCGUCUUUUCGUAUCCGCCUUCAUGCUCGCAUCCAAGGUUAUCUGUGACAACACUUACAUUCCCACUACUUGGGGAUCUUCGGCCCAGGGCAUGUUCCAAUUGCGAGAAAUCAAUCAGAUAUAUACAUACUACAUACUUAAGUACCCCCAUCAUCUUCUAACUGAGAAAACUUUGUGCUGUUGA